AUGGCAGUGCCCCGCGAGGCCGCGCGAGUCGGGGACAAGCCCGGCCACGGUGGGGUGUAUCCAGCCCCCGCGGCGGGCCCGGACUGUCCCGCUGGCGCCGGCCCCGCACAGUCGCGGGACUCCGGCAGCCACGGCCGUUGGGGAGACCUGGUGCUGCAGCCGCUCCGGCGCUCCCGGAAACUUUCCUCAGCGCUGUGCGCGGGCUCCCUGUCCUUUCUGCUGGCCCUGCUGGUGAGGCUGGUGCGCGGGGAGAUCGGCCGCGACCUGGAGCAGAGUAAGGAGGUGGCGGCGGCGGCGGCGGAGGAGGAAGCGGCCCCGGGAGCAGAAGGGGGCGUCUUCCCGGGGCUUCGGGGAGGUGCUCCUGGGGGCGGCGCGCCGCUCAGCCCCUGGCUGCAGCCCUCGGCGCUGCUCUUCAGUCUUCUGUGUGCCUUCUUCUGGAUGGGCUUGUACCUCCUGCGCGCCGGGGUGCGCCUGCCUCUGGCCGUCGCACUGCUCGCCGCCUGCUGCGGGGGGGAAGCGCUCGUCCAGAUUGGGCUGGGCGUCGGGGAGGAUCACUUACUCUCGCUCCCGGCCGCGGGGGUGGUGCUCAGCUGCUUGGCCGCCGCGACAUGGCUGGUGCUGAGGCUGAGGCUGGGCGUCCUCAUGAUCGCCUUGACUAGCGCGGUCAGGACCGUGUCCCUCAUUUCCUUAGAGAGGUUCAAGGUCGCCUGGAGACCUUACCUGGCGUACUUGGCCGGCGUGCUGGGGCUCCUCCUGGCCAGGUACGUGGAGCAAAUCUUGCCGCAGUCCGCGGGGGCGGCUCCGAGGGAGCACUUCGGGUCCCAGCAAAUUGCUGGGACCAAGGAAGAUAUCCCAGUAUUUAAGAGGAGGAGGCGGUCCAGCUCCGUGGUGUCCGCGGAGAUGUCCGGCUGCAGCAGCAAGUCCCAUCGGAGGACCUCCCUGCCCUGCAUACCGAGGGAACAGCUCAUGGGGCAUGCAGAAUGGGACCACAAACGAGGGGCAAGAGGAUCACAGUCCUCAGGAACCAGUAUUACUGUGGAUAUUGCCGUGAUGGGUGAGGCUCAUGGCCUCAUUACCGACCUCCUGGCAGACCCUUCACUGCCCCCCAACGUGUGCACAUCCUUGAGGGCAGUGAGCAACCUGCUCAACACCCAGCUCACCUUCCAGGCUAUUCACAAGCCCCGCAUGAAUCCUGUUGUUUCCUUCAGUGAAAAUUACACCUGUUCUGAUUCUGAGGAAAGCUCUGAAAAAGACAAGCUGGCUAUUCCCAAGCGCCUGAGAAGGAGUUUGCCUCCUGGUUUGUUGAGACGGGUUUCAUCAACUUGGACAACCACCACCUCAGCCACAGGCCUACCCACUUUGGAGCCUGCCCCAGUACGGAGGGACCGGAGCGCUAGCAUCAAACUGCAUGAAGCAUCUUCAUCAAGUCCUGAUUCUUGGAAUAACCCAGUGAUGAUGACCCUCACCAAAAGCAGAUCCUUCACUUCAUCCUAUGCUGUUUCUGCAGCUAACCAUGUAAACUCAAAAAAGCCAAAUCGACCAGGUGCCCUAGCUAAAAUUUCACCUCUUUCAUCGCCCUGUUCCUCACCCCCCCAAGGGACUCCUGCCAACAGCCCAGUCAGCAAAAUUUCUGCAGUGCGGUUUCCAGAAUCUGCCAACACGACUGCCAGACAAGGCCUAGGUUCUCACAGGGCAUUAACUUAUACUCAGAGUGCCCCUGACCUGUCUCCUCAGACCCUCCCUCCACCUGUUAUAUGUAGCAGCUGUGGCAGACCAUAUCCUCAAGGGAAUCCUGCUGAUGGGCCCCUGGAGGGAAGCAGUGCAGCCAUUCGGACACCAAGCAGAAUGGAUGACACUACUCAAGUUACCUCUGAUUAUGAAACCAACAACAACAGUGAUAGCAGUGAUAUUGUACAGAACGAAGAUGAGACUGAGUGCCUGAGGGAGCCUCUAAGGAAAGCUUCUGGUUGUGGCCCCUACACGCCUGAGGCCAUGAUAUUCCUGGACAAGCCAAUUCUUGCUCCUGAACCUCUUGUCAUGGAUAACUUGGACUCAAUUAUGGAGCAGCUAAAUACUUGGAAUUUUCCAAUUUUUGAUUUGGUGGAAAAAAUAGGAAGAAAAUGUGGCCGUAUCCUUAGUCAGGUAUCAUACAGACUUUUUGAAGACAUGGGCCUCUUUGAAGCUUUCAAAAUUCCAGUUAGGGAAUUUAUGAAUUAUUUUCAUGCUUUGGAGAUUGGAUACAGGGAAAUUCCUUAUCAUAACAGAAUCCACGCCACUGAUGUGUUACACGCUGUGUGGUACCUUACUACGCAACCGAUUCCGGGCCACUCAACUGUGAUUAAUGAUCACGGAUCCGCAAGUGAUUCAGAUUCUGACAGUGGAUUUACACAUGGACAUAUGGGAUAUGUCUUCUCAAAAAUGUAUAAUGUGCCUGAUGAUAAAUACGGAUGUCUAUCUGGAAAUAUCCCUGCCUUAGAGUUAAUGGCAUUGUAUGUGGCUGCAGCCAUGCAUGAUUAUGAUCACCCAGGAAGGACUAACGCUUUCUUGGUGGCAACUAGUGCUCCUCAGGCGGUGCUCUAUAAUGAUCGUUCAGUUUUGGAGAAUCAUCAUGCAGCUGCUGCAUGGAAUCUUUUCAUGUCCCGGCCAGAGUACAACUUCUUAGUUAACCUUGACCAUGUGGAAUUUAAGCAUUUUCGUUUCCUUGUCAUUGAAGCAAUUUUGGCCACUGACCUGAAGAAACACUUUGAUUUCGUAGCCAGAUUUAAUGCCAAGGUGAAUGAUGAUGUUGGAAUAGAUUGGACCAAUGAAAAUGAUCGCCUACUGGUUUGCCAAAUGUGUAUAAAGUUGGCUGAUAUCAAUGGGCCAGCUAAGUGUAAAGAGCUCCAUCUUCAGUGGACAGAGGGUAUUGUCAAUGAAUUUUAUGAACAGGGUGAUGAAGAGGCCAGCCUUGGGUUACCAAUAAGCCCCUUCAUGGACCGUUCUGCUCCUCAGCUGGCCAAUCUUCAGGAAUCCUUCAUCUCUCACAUUGUGGGUCCUCUGUGCAACUCCUAUGAUUCAGCAGGACUAAUGCCAGGGAAAUGGGUGGAAGGUAGUGAUGAGUCAGGAGAUACUGAUGACCCAGAAGAAGAAGAAGAGGAGGAGGAAGCACCAAAUGAAGAGGAAACCUGUGAAAAUAAUGAAUCUCCAAGAAAGAAAACUUUCAAAAGGAGGAAAAUCUACUGCCAAAUAACUCAGCACCUCCUGCAGAACCACAAGAUGUGGAAGAAAGUCAUUGAAGAGGAACAGCGGUUGGCGGGCCUAGAGAAUCCGUCCCUGGACCCAUCCCCCCAGCAGCAUUCCUCAGAUCAGAUCCAGGCCAUCAGGGAAGAGGAGGAAGAGAAAGGGAAGCCCAGAGGAGAGGAGAUCCCGACCGCCGAGCAAAACCAGUGA